GCGCAGUACACACGCGAGGCCUGGGGCGAUGGACCCGUUUACCGAGAAGUUGCUAGAACGAACCCGUGCCAGACGAGAGAAUCUCCAGAGAAAAAUGGCGGAGAGGCCUGUGGCGGCAGCAAGGUCAGCGCAUGCGAAGCGAGGCAGAGAGCCACUUUCAGAAGCGAGUAAUCAGCAGCCGCUACCUGGGGGCGAAGAGAAAUCUUGUACAAAACCAUCACCAUCAAAAAAACGUUGUUCUGGCAAAACUGAAGUGGAGGCUUCGGACCUAGAAAAUAAAGAACCUGUUGAGUCAACUGCUGCAAAACCAUGUUCUCCAAAGCCUGCACCCCGUCAGGUGCAGCCCCCAGCUCCAGCUGCCGGCAGUGAUUCAGCGGCGGCCCCAGCCUCGCUGCCCAGCAUGGGCAGAGGGCUGAACUCAAGAUCAGAAGCAUCCACUGCCUCAGUUAAAACCCGCAUGCAAAAACUUGCAGAGCAGCGCCGCCAUUGGGAUAGCGACAUAGCAGAUGAUGUAUCAGAAAGCUCACACUUCUCACCAAUGCCAUCUAAGGAAAAGGCUACCUCACCUUCCAAGCCACCCCUUUCAAAUGCCUCAGCUACCCCAGUUGGGAGAAGGGGCCGUCUGGCUAACCUUGCUGCUACGAUUUGCUCCUGGGAAGAUGAUGUCAGCCACUCAUCUGCAAAGCAAAAUAGUGUACAAGAGCAGCCUGGUACUGCUUGUUUAUCCAAAUCUUCCUCUGCAAGCGGAACAUCUGCUAGCAUCAAUAGUAGCAGUGUUCAGCAGGAAGCUACAUGCUGUUCCCAAAGGGACGGCAAUGCUGCUGUCAGUAAAGCCCCAUCUUCGAGUGCUGACGACGGGUCAUCGCUUAAAGCCUCAGUGGCCAGCUCCGUGAAAGCGACAUCUUCCCCUGUGAAAUCUGCUGCAUUCAUCACCAGUACUAAAAACCGUGAUGCGCAAAAUCCUGAGCUACUUCACAAAACUGUUAGUCCUCUGAAAACAGAGGCACCGAAACCUAGUGAGAAGCCCACUUUAUCCCAGGCGGUUAAGCCCAAAGAAGCAGCUAACAGAGAAGUUUGUCUGCAGUCCCAACCCAAGGACAAACCUGCAACACCAGGAGGAAGAGGAAUUAAGCCUUUCCUGGAACGCUUUGGAGAACGUUGUCAAGAACACAGUAAAGAAAGUCCAGCUUAUAGAGCAUCCCAUAGAACCCCUAAUAUCACUCCAAAUACAAAGGCCAUCCAGGAACGAUUAUUCAAGCAAAACACAUGUUCAUCUACUACCCAUUUAGCACAGCAGCUCAAACAGGAACGCGAAAAAGAACUCUCAUGUCUUCGGGGUCGAUUUGACAAGGGAAAUUUAUGGAGUGCAGAAAAGGAUGAAAAGUCAAGAAGCAAACAGCUAGAAACCAAGCAGGAAGUUCACUGUCAGAACACUCCCCUCAAGAAACAUCAAAUUGGUUCAAGCACCCCGUCGACUUCUAUAACAGACAAGGUGGCUGAAAAUCAACCGGCAGUGAAGAUUUCUAGCACAGAGCCUGCAGGUUCCACAGAAAGUGAAAUGACAAAGUCCAGCCCUUUGAAAAUAACAUUGUUUUUGGAAGAGGAAAAGUCCUUAAAGUUAGCAUCAGACCCGAAGGCUGAACAGAAGACCGAAGUAGUGCGUGAAAUUGAGAUGAGUGUGGAUGAUGAGGAUAUCAAUAGCUCCAGAGUCAUUAAUGACAUCUUUAGUGAUGUCCUAGAGGAAGGUGAACUGGAUGUGGAAAAGAGCACAGAGGAGAUGGAGCAGGUGGGAGCAGAAGACAGUGAAGAGCAGGAAGAUGCACUGAACAUCUCUUCAAUGUCCUUGCUUGCCCCGUUAGCUCAGACGGUUGGUGUGGCAGGUCUAGAGAAUGUAAUUUCUUCACCUAAAUUGGAAUUGGGAGAUACUAGCGCAAGUGCUGCAAGUCCCAAGCCGGGGAAAUUCCAGAGAACCCGCGUCCCUCGAGCUGAAUCUGGUGAUAGCCUUAGUUCUGAGGACCGUGACCUUCUUUAUAGCAUUGAUGCAUAUAGGUCUCAGAGAUUCAAAGAGACAGAACGCCCUUCCAUAAAGCAAGUGAUUGUUCGAAAAGAAGAUGUUACUUCAAAAUUGGGUGAAAAGAAUAAUGUCUUCUCUUCUCAAGUCAAUAUCAAACAGAAAAUGCAGGAGCUCAAUAAUGACAUAAAUUUGCAGCAGACAGUGAUCUAUCAGGCCAGCCAGGCUCUGAACUGCUGUGUUGAUGAAGAGCAUGGGAAAGGGUCCCUAGAAGAAGCCGAAGCAGAAAGACUCCUUCUGAUUGCAACUGAGAAGAGAGUGCUUCUGAUUGAUGAACUGAACAAGCUGAAGGGGGAAGGCCCUCAGAGGCGACAGAAGGCUGCUUCCAUAGUGCAGAGCGAAUGUGUUCCAUCUAAAGGCUCAGUCACUUUGUCAGACAUCUGCUUGCCUCUGAAAGCAGAUUUUGUCUGCAGCCCUGCUCAGAAACCAGAUGCAUCAAAUUACUACUACCUAAUUAUGCUGAAGGCUGGAGCUGAGCAGAUGGUGGCCACGCCGCUAGCAAGUACUGCAAACUCUCUGAGUGGGGACGCGCUGGCAUUUCCCACUACGUUUACUCUGCAUGAUGUUUCCAAUGACUUUGAAAUAAAUGUUGAAGUGUACAGCUUGGUACAAAAGAAAGAUUCCUCAGGCCCGGAUAAGAAGAAGAAAGCAUCCAAAUCCAAGGCUAUUACUCCAAAGAGACUCCUCACGUCUAUAACUUCAAAAAGCAGCCUUCAUUCUUCAGUUCUGGCCAGUCCAGGAGGUCUCAGUGCUGUGCGCACCAGCAACUUCACCCUUGUUGGAUCUCACAAGCUGUCCUUAUCUUCCGUUGGAGAAACUAAGUUUGCUUUGGACAAGGUACCUUUCUUAUCUCCUUUGGAAGGUCACAUCUGUUUAAAAAUAAGCUGUCAAGUGAAUUCAAGUGUUGAGGAGAAAGGUUUUCUAACCAUAUUUGAAGAUGUUAGUGGCUUUGGUGCCUGGCAUCGAAGAUGGUGUGUUCUCUCUGGAAACUGUAUCUCUUACUGGACAUACCCAGAUGAUGAGAGGCGAAAGACUCCCAUAGGAAGGAUAAACCUGGCCAAUUGUAUCAGUCAUCAAAUAGAACCAGCCAAUAGAGAAUUUUGUGCAAGACGCAACACUCUGGAGUUAAUUACUGUCCGACCACAAAGAGAAGACGACCGAGAGACUCUUGUGAGCCAAUGCAGGGACACGCUCUGUGUCACCAAGAACUGGCUCUCUGCAGAUACUAAAGAAGAGCGGGAUCUCUGGAUGCAGAAACUUAACCAGGUCAUUGUUGAUAUUCGCCUCUGGCAGCCUGAUGCUUGCUACAAGCCUGUCGGAAAGCCUUAAACUGAGGCAGCUCCCAUACCGUGGAGAGGCUUGCUAGCUGUGUCAAAAGCUGUCUUAAGAAGACACUGUUAAAAGCACCAGAUUUGCGAAUUGUGUUUUAUGCUUUAAAUAUAAAAGGGUUUGUGCAAAUAUUCACUACAUAUUGUGCAGUAUUUAUAUUUUUUCUAUGUAAAACUUCACGCAGUUUCUCUUGCAUUCAUAAGUGUUUGUUAAACACUUAUGUUUAACAAACAUAAGUGUUUAACAAACACUUAUGAUGUUCAUGAUAAUUGAUUUUGCUAAAUCUAAAGCUAAGAGUCAGUUAAUUCAUGGCAAAACAUAUCUAUUGUAAUCAAGUUCUGAGUUGUCUUUUGGAGCUGUGGGUUUUGAGGUAUUAAGGUCUCCUGGAGAUAACAAACAGAAACAUCUAGUUUGAGUUCUGCUCCAGCUUCGGUGGCUUUUUUAAAAAGUUGUGGUCAUUGAUGGCUCUUAAUAUGGCUUGUGGCUGGAGUACUGAAUGCAGAGAUUGGAAAAGACAAACAAAAGCUUGCUAGUUUAAUAUGAACUUGAGGCUGCUUUCUGAAGAGACGUGGAUGUGGUGACACUAUGUGGCAUUUGGGGCUAAAAUAUUUUAUAUAGAAGCAUUAAGAGUCACAUGGCUUGCUUUCACUCCGUUUCUAUGGAUGCCGUGUGGUGCACAUUUCCACAGUAAUGGGCUUUAGUAAAUAGUCAUUUUGCCAUAUAGCUUAGAGAUUUCUCAUUGACCUAUUAUUUUUCUCUUAUAAUAAGAACAAAUGUAAACUGAAGAAUAUUUACAUAAGAUUUACAAUUUUACCAAGCUGCUGUGGACUAUUACUUUGCUUGCCAAAGUUCUUAUCUGUUUUUUUUUCUUGUCCAUAUAUGACAAUUUCUAGAAAUCUGUUUUGAGAUCACUGAAAAAAUAGUAAGCCAUGUAUUACCUUUAAAAGCCCAAUACCUUCUUGCAACUUAGAAUUAUUUAAAUUCAUGGCUUUAAUUUUUAAAUAGAGUUUGAAUUUCUUCUGUAUUAAUUAUUGAUGUUUUCAUUUAUAAACACUAAAUUCUAUCA